AUGGAACUUUAUGUUUGGAAGAUUCUCUCACUACUCACGAUACUCUUCGUGUCUAUAUCUGUUGGGUACACUGCUUUUGUUCUGUAAGAGUUAUUUAGGAAGAAAAUACCUAGUAGACUGACAGGAGUCUUCAGCUCUUUUGCUGGUGGGACUUUCCUUGCAAUUGCAUUAUUGCAUUUACUUCCUGAAGGAGUAGAAAAGUUGGAAGAGUUCAAAGAGCUGCCUCUAGGAUUUUUAAUAGCGUUAUUAGGAUAUUUUUUAAUUAUAAAGACUUUGAGCUUUACCAUGAGAGAAAUUAAUCUUAAUUUAAAUUAAAAGAACUAUAAAUGCAUUUUUAUAAACUAUAUAAUUAUUGUUAUUAUUAUACCUCUUUAUUUUGUUUAUUGACAAAAUUGCAUUCGACAGCCAUCACUUAGUAACACAUGGAAAUCGGCAUGUUGACCUUGGUGUGCACAAUCAUAAGCCAGUCGCUGACGAAGAAGAAAACAGGCUGAAACAUCUCAUUUCGACAAGAAAUCGUGUUGUCUGUCACUUAGGUACAGGAUGUGGUGAAAACUGCAUAGCGCUUUGUGAAAGCCUCACAGAGCCUUUAUUAGACAACUGUCAUAAAAGACAUACAUCAUAUAUCAGUUCAAUUUUGCUUGUUUUCGCUUUAUGUCUUCAUGGUAUCCUUGAAGGAUUUGCAAUUGGGCUGCAAGAAGACAUAAACGAUUUAAUAAAUCUUGUGAUUGCAGUAACCCUCCACAAGGUUCCGGAAAUCUUGGCAUUAUCGUGAAUUCACGCUAAUUAUCACUUAUGAUCCCGGCGUUUCCUGAGAUGAUUGUUGGUGAAACCAACUCUUGAAAUAAUAAAUCUGUAAUAUCUAGUAAAUUUAUCAUUUCAAGGUCGGUUUCGCCAAUAUUUGUAGGCGAAACCAAUCCCGAAUGUCUUGGAAAUUUUCAGGAUAAUAGCAUCUAUUAGCAUUGAUAUACUAUAUGCAUCAGUAUAGGAGAUAUGAACCAAAAACAUUCAAUCACUGCUGUAGCUUUACUUGUUAUGGCAAGUCCAUUUGGGAUAGUAAUAGGGAUGCUAAUUAUGACCUAUGUGUCUUCUUUUAUAGUUGGAAUACUGCUGAGCUUUACAACUGGGACUUUUCUUUAUAUUUCAGCAUCUGAGAUUGUUGUAGAAGAGUUUGCAGUUUCAAAAAACAAGUGACCAAAAUUCUGUUCACUUAUGUUUGGAGUUACAAUAAUAACGUUAUUGUUACUGCUAGAAGGGCAUGAAUAA